GUCAUGGCCUUCAGCGAAGACGACCAGAAUCAUAAGGUUGUACUAGAUGUCCAUGACUUCAAAAGUGGAGACGUUAAGGUCAGAGUGGAAGAUAAUCAGGUGGUGGUGGAAGGUCGAGUGGAAAAGGAAGAGGGCGACUUCAAGUCCAUGAAAAGCUUCUGUCGACGUUUCAACUUCCCAGGCAAAGUGGACAUGGAGGCCGUGACUUCCGCAAUGUCUUCCGAUGGCGUGUUGACUGUCACGGCUCCGAAGAUUCCACAGGCAGCAUAAGAAAGCAUAUAUAUCAUUAACUGUGAUUGUAACAUAAUCUUAAAGACAAUGUAUGUUUAAGUAACUACUUAUUAUUUAGGAUAAUAUUAAAAAGGAUAAGACUUUUUUUUAAUAAAUUAUAUUUGUCUA